CUUAGCCGAAGGCCUCCACUUGCUUCAGACAAGUUGACUAGGUGCAGUUACUGCGUAUCAGAAACCAGAAUAUCAAAUCUUUCUUCGUUUCCGAAUAAAAAUUCGAGCGAACAAGCAAGUGAGUAGUCAUGGCAAAUCACCACAAGCAGAAUGGAGUACAUUUGGAAAGAGACAAAGGAGAUCCACAUGAGAAUGUAAAGCUAAAGUCACCGCAUCUCGGUAAACAAGGAGCCAACCUGACGACUGCCAUCCUGUCAGUCCUAGCUGUAAUGUUUGCAAUAUUUUGUGCUGCAUUCCGAAGCUCUCUUCUUCACCAUGGUCAAUCAUUCUGGAUUUCAUCAGGGGACUUCAUAGCCAGACAAUGGGGACACUUCUAUGACUAUUUUGAGGGAAAUUUUGCCAAAAUGGGGAUAGCUCUUCACUGUCUGUCUGUUCUGGAGCAUUGGUUGCUAGGAGGACUGUUCUUAAUCAUAGACCUGACUGGUAGACCCAAGUUCAUCACCAAAUACAAAGUACAGUUGGAUCAAACCGAGAUUCCUGCAGACAAGUUGCGAAGAACUUUGUGGACUGUUUUCCUGAACCAAACCAUCUACAAUGUGCCCAUCCUGAUCGGGCUCUACUAUGCUGCAGUGCGUCGAGGAUGCGGAUCCACUGUCGAGGAGCUACCAACCUUCCAGACCGCCCUCUAUCAUCUGGCUGUCUUUGUUGUAGUGGAAGAAAUCGGGUUUUACUACAGUCACAGGUUGCUCCACCACCCCUUCCUCUACAAGAACGUCCACAAGAUGCACCACGAAUGGACCGCACCCAUCGGUCUAGUCACCAUGUACGCCCACCCGGUGGAGAACCUCCUCGCUAACUCCCUCCCAGCCAUCACCGGUCCUCUCCUCGUAGGCUCUCAUCUUCUCACCUUCCACAUCUGGCUCCUGCUGGCUCAAUAUGUCUCCAUGAUUCACCACUCCGGAUACCACCUUCCCCUUCUCCCGUCUCCAGAAGCUCACGACUACCACCAUCUCAAAUUCAACAACAACUAUGGUGUACUUGGCAUCCUGGACUGGCUUCACGGGACGGAUGUCAACUUCAGGAAAUCCAAACAGUUCCAGAGACACAAGGCCCUUCUUGGAGUCAAACCACUCAACGAAGUUAUUCCUGACAACACAAAAUAAAGCACUUUUAAGUCAAUCUGUGAUCACGGAAAAAUGAAAAGAUUUUGCGUAACGUAUUUCUUUUCAAACUAUGCAAAUAAUGGUUAGUAAUUACAACACCGUGAAUAAAGUCUGGUCUGUCAGAUGUGGGCAAUUUGUGUUUUAGUUUAUCUAAGGCUCUCAACUAUUCCUAUGAUUGUGUUCUUGUUGUUAUUCUUGAUGUUGAUACCAUCUAAAUUACUCGACAAUGAACCUUACCAAGUCUUCACAGACAAAAAUGUGCAGAGUGUUCUUUUUGUACAACCAAAAUUACGAGAUACAUGGCUAUUCAAUGUUUUUACUCAAAUUUAUCAUGCAUUCCAAUAAUAAUAAUAAUAUA